AUCCUCGAAAGGAAAGCGUCAACCGCAACUGACUGGAAUGGAUAUAAAUUGCUAAACUCCGUCAAAGAACUGGAAGUAUUAUUAGUUAGCAUCAGAAGGGCAUUAUAAGUAGCCUGAGAGUGAAAGUUGACACUGGAGCCGAUACGCACAGCGAGGCCUGGGAAGCCGAGAAGCAAAUGAGGAUCUGCAGGAUGAUUAUGCAAACAAAGUUACCACGAAAUUAAAAGCAAGAAAUUUGAGGAAGUUUCAAACGAGAGAGGGCAAAUACCAACACGUUAGGAAGGGGACGACAAUCGCCAGCCAGAUAAAUUUGUAGACUUGGAUUUUAGGAAUGCAAGAGGAAGUCGCUUUUUCAGUUGACAUAUUCAGCUCCUAUGUAUAAGAUCCUUAACUAUUCAAGUAAAUAUCUCCAUAUCUACUGCACAUAUUGUAUAUAAUAAUAAAUAAUUACUAAGUAAUAUGAUUAAGUAAAUUUAGAUUAAAUUUUAAUUAAAAAUUGUAACACACUUUCUUCAAUUAGAAAGUUAAAUAAAACACAUAAAGUCAAAAGCCAAAAACUAGAAUAUCCAAGAAAAUAAGUAUACGCAAGUCCAUAGAAUUGUUUUGCCCCCUUUAGCACUAAACGAUGCAGAGCGUUUUGAAUGAAAAGCCUAUCCAAAGUUUCAUAUUCAUCUUCAUAUCUCAUACAAUUUACUAUCAGAAAUCUUAUAAUUCUUUCAUUUUAGGCAAAAUGGAACGGAACACCCUCCCAUCUUCCACGCAAACACAGAAGGAAAUCAUCAUCUUCAGGAAUAUACCUUCAAACGAAUCACACCGUGCGAUGUUUGCUCACAAAUAUUGCGAGGUCAUACGAGGCAAGGUCUUCGAUGUCGAAUGUGUAAGAUGAACUCACACAAUCACUGCUCAUCUAAUCUACCGAAAUGUCCAGAUAGCCACAAGCCGAUUUACAAGAAGAAAAGCUUCUAUAAAUCAAUCAGAAAGGACAACUAUGCAGACAGUAGUGAAGUGGACCAACCAGAUAAGUUAGCACAGUUAGCAAUGCGCAUCAAAGGCCUUCAACAGGAACCUCACAGGAGACAAAGUGUAGCGCACAGAAGGAUAUCAGCAGAGAAGAAUUCAACCUGCAAUGUUGGAGAUAGCAGUUUGGAGCCAUCCGAUAAGUUAGCACAGUUGGCACUGCGCAUGAAACCAGAAGUACACAGAAGGCCGAGUGCACCGCCAAAGCAGAAGUCCGUUGACAAUAACACAACCUUCAAUGUGGAAGAAAGUGGACCAGCCCAACCGGAUAAAUUAGCCAACCUCGCAGUUCGCAUUAAAGGACUCCAGCAAGAACCACAUAGGAAGCAAAGCGUGCCGCGCAGAAGAGCUUCAGUUGACAGUAAUGCAUCCUAUUCUAAAACAGAAAAGUUACAGGAUACUCCGUUAACAGGUUCAUACGUAGCUUUAUACGACUUCAAAGGAAGACACGAUGACGAGAUUGAUUUGAGCGCUGGCUGCAAGAUAACCAUUACGGAUGUUUCAAAUCCAGACUGGUGGAAAGGAGAAUAUGAUGACCGGUCCGGCUACUUUCCUUCAAAAUAUUGCUGCAAACUCAACCCUGGGGAGAAACCACUACAAGUCGUCCGCAAGGCUGAUAUCACACAAAAAGCGCGGGACGGAAAUAUUCGACUGUUGAGGGAUCAAAUUGUAUUCCAGAUAGGUGAUGAGAACGAGGGAUACACGAUGAUUCGUACCGCCAGUAAUCAAAGAGGCUAUUGUCCACUUAAACAUCUCCGAGAAGUCGGCAGAGGAGACAGGAAGGACGAAAGAUCGGAUGUUUCAAGAGAUGAACAAAGGGAUCGCGUAGAAGAGCAACAAGAGGACACUCAUUCUUUAGAAGACUCUGUGUGGGAACGGCUACGAGAGAAUCAACUCAAAAGGAUGAAGAAUAUCUGCGUUGGAUAUUGCCGCGAAUUCGGAAGAAGUAAAAAAUUAGCUUGUAAGCAAUCGUUUAGCCUUAAUCCUAAUUGGUAUACGGAAAAUAUAUAUGGUAACAAAUCCAUCGAUUUAGAUAGCGACUAUCAAUCAGAUUCGUUCCGUUUAAAGAAAUUCGACAUUGCUCACGAUGAACUUCCCAUCGACGAAAUCAUCAAAAGUUGUUACAUGCGAACGUCUCAUAGUUGUAAGGAUUUAAGAUACCUCAAUCCUCAAAGCUGUUGUGUUCGUGGGGGAUAUAAAUGUGGGUCUAAACUCAUAAUCCCGAAAUCGUACUCUCUCAAUCUGAACAAGAUAAAUCCGUUCGAUGAGAUCGACUACUACCCCAAAUAUUUUGUUACUAAGAAGGAUCUAACUUUAAAUGCUGGUGAUAUUUCUCCUGAGAAUUGCUUUCGGAAUCAAUGCUCAGCGUGCUUCAAGGGUCCAGUCACUUCGAGGUUUAGAUGUCGAAAACAAACUGACCAGAACUAUGUGCGCGGCAGACGGGACUACAAAGAAAAUAAAUUGGUGCGGUCUGGCUCCCAAAAGGAAUUACCAAACACAGUAUGCAACGCGCAUUUUUGUGCAGUGUCAAACCCACAUCGGGGAUGUCCUUCCAACAUGAAAAUGCAUUCACCGCACGACUUUGAGUGCAAGCUUUGUAGAUAUGCUGUUGUUCCGUCUGAGAAGAGUAGCAGGAAUAGGGGCCAAAUUGACUUUGAUGUUGACUGGACGAUCAAGCAAAGCAAAUCUGCGAUAGAGGUCAAACCUCCUGAAAAAUAUGAUGAGUAUAGCACUUCAGACUCCACGGGUGUUGAUUUGGAAGACUUCAAUUUCGAUUUCGAGAAGUAUUGGGAGGAGAUUGAAAACGAAUCAAGUCCGGUAGAGAUGAAAGCUCAAAAGAAGUACUCCAAGAAAGGAUACGAGGACAAAAGUAGUAAAUCAAGGCACUAUCGGGACGACUCGCGAUCGAUCUCCAAGUGUAGUGAAGUAGAAGGGGCCCAAAUAAAGCAGGACCUGCUCAGCGGUAUGCUCUCUCCUCCGAACAAUGGGUACCGCCCUGCAAACUAUCACUCCCGCUCGAAGUUCAGCGCGCCGUUCAGGCGAUUCUCCUUCAAAGUAUUCCCAAAAUCCAUCAACACCCAUGACAACAUUUACAUGCAACGACAUUGCAAACAAGACUACGCAGACCGACCGCUUAAUUUGAUAAAUAAUAUUUUUUCUAUAUAUAAACCGAACAAGUAUUUACCUAUGAAUUGUUACCAGUUUAAUAAUGAUAAGCCGUUUUUUCUAAAGAAAAGUGAAUUUAUGAACCACGUUUUACAAUGCGAGGAGUCGCGUAAUGAAUACGUAACAUCCAUUAAGAGACCAUUGAUCGUGACCGCGGAUCAACCACGUUUUGAGAUUAUUCCAAGAAAGACUGGACUUCGGGUUUCACCCUUGUAUGAUUCGGGCUAUCCUCAAAGGAAGAGGCAAUUUUUGAGGAGUACUGCACGGCCGUUGUCGUUUCAUAAUUAAAAUGUAGUUUAGUGUGGAAAUGAAUAGUUGGCGGUGAUGAUUUGCUUCCAGAGAUUUGAUCUAGGGAGUUUUUGAAUGUCAUGAUAUUUUCACUGGAAGCAAAUGGAGAUUUUUCUCUGGUUCUUAAGGUUUCAGAUCGCUGUCUAUCUGUUUGUCGGAAACGGUUACACAACAGGAAACUUGG